CUUGCUUGAUCUCGUCUCGUUCUUCCCUCUUCACAACCUUCGACACUCGACUUGUCGCCUUCAGCGCUGCAGCAGGAUCUUCGUGUGGUCGCUCUUGGCUGCAAUACUGGCACGAUAAUUAGCUCUCUUGUAGAUCAUGUCGCAUCGAUUUCCAGUAUACCAGAUUGACUUUCAGGCAGUUGCGAGUGGAAAGGUGGUUGCUUCGUCCAAACGAAAAGUUCGAUGGCGCUUUGGGUUUCCCAAUCAGCAGGCAUUGUCGGAGGGAAGAACGGGAGUGGAAUGUCGUGGGGAAGAACAUGAUAUUGUCCUCAUCUGGUCGGUCGCUUCGGGAAAGAGGCAGCUCUACAUGGACGGAAGAGAAGUUCAUUUCUCGACGAGCCGAGCUCAAACAUUUCAAUACUCUUGGUCGGCCAAGGGAAACCAUGUCAUAAAAGUCGUUGCCCAUGCGACUCCCCCUAUUCUUGGCGAACCUUACGAAUUGUUCAUUGAUGGUCAGCCAUUUUCCUCCAUGCCCAAGAGUUACGAGUUGGGAAUUCGUGGCCAAAUCCCUUCGCACGCUCGAGUACCUGGAGCUGGUGGGUACGGAAAAAAUUAUGGUAAACCCGGCGUUGUGCCUGGCCCAUCUAGCCGAGCACAAGAAGAAGCAGAUUUACAAAAGGCAAUCAGCGCAUCCUUGCAGGAAUCCAAGCAGUUUUUGGCCAAUAAGACAGCACCCCCAGCUGUAGCCCCUGCACCUGCCACUGGCGAUUUAAUGGAUCUUGGAGGACCACCUCAGCCAGCAACAGUCUCGCAACCACCAGCAUAUCCAGCUGCAGCAACAAACUAUGGAGCGCAUCCUCCAACCUAUGGUGCACCACCAGCACCCCAUUACGGGGCAGCACCUCCCAAUUACGGAGCCCCUCCUCCCAAUUACGGAGCCCCUCCUCCCAAUUACGGAGCCCCUCCUCCCAAUUACGGAGCACCUGCACAAUAUGCAGCACCCCCACCUGUGGCUACCCACGCAAACCCAGGUUUUGGUUCACCUACCCAAAGUACCACCAGCAUGCCAGGUGCCAUGGUCCCGUCAACCCAACCCAGCAACCCUUAUGCUGUCACGCCAACUGCUGCUGCUGCCUAUCAAAGCCCAACGUCCACGCAAGGAUCCCUUGCACCUUCGACUUUCAGUGGAGCACCAUAUUCCGCUCCUUCCCAUCCCGUUGCUGCGAAUGCGUAUGCCCCGGCUCCACCGCCACCAGCCGCUGCCGUAGCAACUGGCGAUUUGUUCGCUCCUCCCCCUGUGGAUCCAUUUGCCCCCAAUCCGCAAUCUUCGGGUGGAUACUUCGUGCCGGGCCAACCUGUACCACCCCUCGACGACCCUUUUGCCCCUAGACCACCGCCCCCACCAACUCGUGAUGAUAUCACGAAUUCUAUCUUGAGCGCUUACGCUGCUCCAACAACACCAACAGCACCAGGAGGUGUUCCACAGGCUGGACCACCACAACCUGGUCAGCCCAUGCCCCCCGUCCAUCCAAAUGCUGCCCGCAUAGGAUACGGCGGGCAUAUGCCGCCACAAGAGGAGAAACCUCAAUCGGAGAUGGAAAAGGCUCUCAAGAAGCUCGUAAACGUGGAUCGGAUUGAUGAACCGGCAGAGCAAGAGUACCAAUUGACAAUGAAAGUGAAGGAAGAAGAGAGAAAAACGAAGGAUGGAAAGAGUAGAGGAAGACCACCUGCAGCAACUGGUUUGGUUGGAUCCAACGCAACACUAGACCAUAUUAAGCAUGUGAAACCGGAGGUAGCCAAGACCGGGGAUGGUGUGAUGAAAGCGCCUCCUCAACUCUUCCAUCCUGAUGCCGUUCAUGCUGGAGCCCUGGUCGUUCAUGGUCAGGGGCCUCCACCAAUCCAAAGAGGUUUUGGCGUUGGGUACGGUGGUGCUCCCCCAUCAAAUUUCCGUGGGUGGUAGAAUUGGAUUUGCAGAAGGCGGUCAUGUCCAAAGCGAACAGCAGAAGCACCUUAGAAGCUAGUUGUGCGAAGUUGCUAUCCGUGGUACACAGUUAGAGAUGAUGAUAGUAGUAGAAUUUAUUUGCCAGCUAGUAGAUUGGACUGGCUAGCUAGCGUACCGGUAGUGUUACAACUUGGAGAAUCUAUCCUGCGCUUCCCUGCCCUUUUCAUCAAGUGGAAGAGGACCCCAACUUGUAGGCAUGCGUGUGGUCGAACCAUGACUACCUCACGAACUGGCGUGAGACGAAGGACCGCUACGGUAACCUUUGCCGAGGCAGCACACGAACCUCGUCGAUGCAAACUUACUUGUUGCCACCGUACCGGUAGCGUACGAUGUACCGGUGUGCAUGGCCAAGAAAGAAAAGCUAAUCCGAGCGACAUGACGGUCGGUCGAGUCGAGUGUCAGUCCUUCAGUCCAGUCAAUCUUCAUUCCUGUCGAAUGCAGAGUGGAGAGUGCAGGGGACUGGCGAGGCUCGGACUUUCGGAACAUCCAAUUCCCAAAGAGCGACGCCGCACUUUGCGAAGCCAGAGGUUGAUUGGCGAUAAAUCUCUUGGAGUACAGUCCUGGACAGUAGAGUCCCUUUUCAGGCGAGUGACGGCACUAAAAUUUAUCAGAUGUGACUCCCUACUUAGACUUUCCUUGCCCU